AGGCAGCAAGCGGAAGCGAAGGAGAAGGGGCAGAAGAAGAAGAAGAAGAGGAGGAGGAGAAAAAAGCACGGAGGUGACCGAGGCGCGGAGUAGGGACCGAUGAGCGCGGGGGGGGAUGGGGGCUCGGGGUUGGGCCCCCCUGAGCUGCCGGGGGCCCAGCCGACUGCCGCGACCCCCCCCAUCCUCGGGCAGCACCGGAACCCCCAAACUGCCCAGGACGGACAGCCAGCUACAGCGCAGUCUCAGACGGGCCAGACACCCGGGACCACCACCGGUGCCGCCAAAUCCGCGACCAAGAGGCCGGCUCGCAGGGGUGGCAAAGCGCUGCCCGAUAGGCCGCUCAGGGCCCUCUUUUGUUUACCCCUUAAGAAUCCCUUGCGGAAAAUGUGCAUCGACGUGGUCGAAUGGAAACCUUUCGAGUGGCUUAUUCUUAUGACUAUAUUCGCGAACUGCGUCGCCCUGGCAGUCUACACACCGUAUCCAUAUGGCGAUUCUAAUUUGACCAACCAGUAUUUGGAAAAAAUAGAGUAUAUAUUUCUUGUGAUUUUUACGGUCGAGUGCGUUAUGAAGAUCAUCGCUUACGGCUUCGUGGCUCAUCCCGGCGCUUAUCUUCGGAACGGCUGGAACAUAUUAGAUUUCUCUAUAGUAGUGAUAGGGAUGGUGAGCACAGUGUUGACGAUACUCAUGAAAGAAGGCUUCGAUGUGAAAGCGUUAAGAGCUUUUCGGGUGCUGCGACCUCUCAGACUGGUUUCCGGAGUACCAAGUCUGCAAGUGGUCCUAAACUCUAUUUUGAGAGCGAUGAUACCCCUUCUCCAUAUCGCUCUGUUGGUUCUGUUCGUCAUCAUUAUUUACGCUAUCAUCGGCCUCGAGCUGUUCUCUGGGAAAAUGCAUAAAACGUGCAGGCACAAUCUUACCGGUACACUCAUGGACGACCCGAUACCCUGUGGGCCCGGUGGUUUCCAGUGCGACAACGUGGGACCCGAGUUCUAUUGCAGCAAGCAAUUCUGGGAGGGCCCGAACUGGGGUAUCACGAAUUUCGACAACUUCGGCUUGGCCAUGUUGACGGUCUUCCAAUGCGUGACGCUCGAGGGCUGGACCGAAGUGCUUUACGCGAUCGAAGACGCGAUGGGCAGUUCCUGGCAGUGGAUUUAUUUUAUCUCUAUGGUCAUACUCGGAGCUUUCUUCGUCAUGAAUCUGAUUCUCGGUGUUCUGUCCGGUGAGUUUUCUAAAGAGAGAGAGAAGGCGAAAGCGAGAGGAGACUUCCACAAACUCAGGGAGAAACAGCAGAUCGAGGACGAUCUCAGGGGUUAUCUGGACUGGAUCACGCAAGCCGAGGACAUCGAGCCGGAGACCGACGAACCGAAAAUGCAGGACGGAAAGACGAAACAGCAGAGCGAGAUGGAGAGCACGGAUCAGCUAGAGGGCGACGAGGAAGUGGUUCAACAGGAAUCCGUGUGGAGAAGGAAGAAGCUGGAUUUCGAUAGAGUAAACAGAAGAAUGAGGAGGGCCUGCAGAAAAGCCGUCAAGUCGCAGGUUUUCUACUGGUUGAUUAUAGUAUUGGUUUUCCUGAAUACCGGUGUUCUGGCGACCGAGCACUACAAUCAGCCGCACUGGUUGGACGACUUUCAAGAAAUCACGAAUAUGUUUUUCAUCGCGUUGUUUUCCAUGGAGAUGAUGCUGAAAAUGUAUAGCUUAGGAUUCCAAGGUUAUUUCGUUUCGCUAUUCAACCGUUUCGAUUGUUUCGUCGUGAUCGGAUCGAUUACCGAGAUGAUCCUGACGAACACUCACGUGAUGCCACCGCUCGGCGUUUCCGUUCUCCGUUGCGUCCGGUUGCUCAGGGUAUUUAAAGUGACAAAAUAUUGGAGGUCGUUGUCGAAUUUGGUGGCUUCCCUUUUAAACUCGAUACAAUCGAUCGCGUCUCUGUUGCUUCUGCUCUUCCUUUUCAUCGUGAUCUUUGCACUUCUAGGCAUGCAGGUGUUUGGAGGGAAAUUCAAUUUUAGCGAUUUACAGAACAAGCCUCGUCACAAUUUCGACAGUUUUUGGCAAAGUUUGCUAACCGUCUUUCAGAUAUUAACCGGUGAAGAUUGGAACGCCGUUAUGUACGAUGGAAUCAGAGCCUAUGGCGGCGUUUCAAGCUUUGGCAUGCUUGCCUGUUUCUAUUUCAUCAUUCUCUUCAUAUGCGGCAAUUACAUUCUGCUGAACGUCUUCUUGGCCAUCGCUGUGGAUAAUCUUGCCGAUGCCGAAUCGUUAACUGCCAUCGAGAAAGAAGCCGAAGAAGAGGCGGAGAAAAAUAAAUCUCACAGUGCCUCUCCAGCCAGGGACGAAGUUAGCGGGGAACAGGGUGACGACGGUGGCGAUGGGACCGGUGGAGAAGACGAAGGCGGCGGUACCGAUCUCGAGCAUGAUCCCAACGAAACGAUGGAGGAUUACGAGGCAGCCGUGGAUACCGAAACAUCGGAGAAGAGCGACGACAUGAACACUCACGCCAAGGUACGAUUAAACAUAGAGUCCGACGAGGAGGUCGAAGAGGAAGACGAGGGCGAACACAACGAGAUGCACGAUGAUGGCACGGACCAAGGAGUGUCGGCUAGGCCACGAAGGAUGUCCGAAUUCAACAUGGCUACGAAGAAGCAACCGAUUCCAGUCGGUUCGGCUUUCUUCAUCUUCUCGCAGACGAACAGGUUCCGAGUGUUUUGUCACUGGCUGUGCAAUCACAGCUACUUCGGCAACGUGAUCCUUGUAUGCAUCAUGAUAUCUUCCGCUAUGCUAGCGGCCGAAGAUCCUUUACGCGCGACCUCUCCUAGAAAUCUGGUUUUACAGAAUUUUGACUAUUUUUUCACCACGGUGUUUACGAUCGAGAUCUGCUUGAAGAUGAUCUCGUACGGUUUUAUCAUACACGACGGUGCAUUUUGUCGAUCGGCGUUCAAUUUGCUCGAUCUCCUGGUCGUGUGUUCUUCUCUCAUCUCUAUGUCUUUCAGUUCCGGCGCGUUUUCCGUGGUAAAAGUGCUGCGUGUAUUACGCGUGUUGAGGCCUCUGCGCGCCAUCAAUCGUGCCAAGGGAUUAAAGCACGUAGUACAGUGCGUCAUCGUAGCGGUAAAGACUAUCGGAAACAUAGUCCUCGUCACCAGCCUCCUGCAGUUCGUGUUCGCCGUCAUUGGCGUACAACUGUUCAAGGGGAAAUUUUUCUAUUGUACCGAUGCAUCGAAAAUGACGAAGGACGAAUGCCAGGGUACAUACCUCGAAUUCGAGAACGGUAAUAUCAAUAAACCGGUGAUGAAGGAGAGAAAUUGGGGCCAGAAUCGUUUCCAUUUCGACGACGUCGCGAAAGCGAUGCUGACGCUGUUCACCGUGUCCACGUUCGAAGGCUGGCCGUCAUUGCUAGACGUGUCGAUCGACUCUAACAAGGAGGAUCAUGGACCAAUUCAUAAUUUUCGGCCGAUAGUGGCCGCGUACUACAUCAUUUACAUCAUUAUCAUAGCAUUCUUCAUGGUGAACAUCUUCGUUGGUUUCGUUAUUGUCACUUUCCAGAACGAGGGUGAGCAAGAGUACAAAAACUGCGAGCUCGAUAAGAAUCAGCGGAAUUGCAUCGAGUUCGCGUUAAAGGCGAAACCAGUGCGACGAUACAUACCGAAGCAUCGAAUACAGUACAAAGUCUGGUGGUUCGUCACAUCUCAACCGUUCGAGUACACCAUUUUCACUCUGAUCAUGAUUAACACCGUGACCUUAGCGAUGAAGUUUUAUCGGCAACCGCAAAUCUACACGGAAGCGUUAGACGUACUUAACAUGAUCUUCACCGCGGUCUUUGCCCUGGAGUUUAUCUUUAAGUUGGCGGCCUUUCGAUUUAAGAAUUACUUCGGCGACGCUUGGAACGUUUUCGACUUCAUUAUCGUCCUUGGAAGUUUCAUCGACAUCGUUUACUCCGAGGUCAAUGUACGUCGUUCCGCAGUAAAACCGUCCGAGUUUCCAACAGGGCAGAUCGUUAACGUGGCCAUUUUGUUCUUUCAGCCUGGCUCCACCAUUAUCUCCAUCAACUUCUUUCGGUUGUUUCGAGUGAUGCGAUUGGUGAAACUGCUGAGCAGAGGCGAAGGCAUCAGGACGCUUCUCUGGACAUUUAUCAAAUCUUUCCAGGCUCUGCCUUACGUAGCUUUGUUAAUUAUAAUGCUGUUCUUCAUUUACGCCGUGAUAGGCAUGCAGGUGUUUGGAAAAAUUGCCAUCGACGACGACACAUCGAUAGACCGUAACAACAAUUUCCAGUCGUUCCCGCAAGCGGUAUUGGUCCUUUUUCGAUCCGCUACAGGCGAAGCCUGGCAGGAAAUUAUGAUGGCCUGUUCGGCGCAACCUGGUAUAGUAAAAUGCGAUCUGAACAGCGACGAAAUGAAUAAUCUAAAUGGCUGUGGAUCCGACAUUGCAUUUCCCUACUUUAUAUCUUUCUACGUUUUAUGCUCCUUUCUCAUCAUCAAUCUCUUCGUCGCCGUAAUCAUGGACAACUUCGAUUACCUCACGAGGGAUUGGUCUAUCCUGGGUCCUCAUCAUUUGGACGAGUUUAUUCGCCUAUGGUCCGAGUACGAUCCCGAUGCCAAGGGCCGUAUCAAACAUCUGGACGUGGUGACGCUCCUCAGGAAGAUAUCUCCGCCCUUGGGAUUCGGUAAACUCUGUCCUCAUCGCGUCGCGUGCAAGAGGCUAGUCUCGAUGAACAUGCCGCUGAACAGCGACGGUACAGUUCUGUUCAACGCGACGCUGUUCGCCGUGGUGAGGACGUCGUUGCGGAUCAAAACCGAGGGGAACAUCGACGAUGCUAACGCAGAGCUCAGGGCGGUGAUAAAGAAGAUUUGGAAGAGAACGAAUCCGAAGCUUCUGGACCAAGUAGUGCCGCCUCCUGGAGGCGACGACGAGGUAACCGUUGGUAAAUUCUACGCCACCUUCCUGAUUCAGGACUACUUCAGAAGAUUCAAAAAGAGGAAGGAGCAAGAAAUGAAGGACGGCGACAAGGAGUGCCACAACACCGUCACGCUUCAGGCCGGUCUAAGAACUCUGCACGAAGCUGGGCCUGAACUGAAGAGAGCCAUUUCCGGAAACUUGGAAGAACUCCUCGACGACAAUCCGGAACCUAUGCACAGGAGGAAUCACUCGUUGUUCGGUAGCGUUUGGUCGAGUAUGAGGAAAGGACAUCACAGCUUCAACCGAGCCAGGUCGUUCAAAGUAAACUCCAAGACUAAGGCUUCCCCGACGAAUUCCAUUGACUUUCUACCGUACUCGACGCUUCAGAUAGGAGGCAGACACGACGCGCCGAAUCAAAUCACCGCAAGGUCUCAUCAAGUUGUGCCAAACGUAGCAGGCGGUUUGAGCGACAGUGCGAUGAACCAAAUGGGAAUCGAUCCAAAGCUCACGGGUAUCGAGGAGAGUAUACCUCUGAGACCAUUGGCCGGGUUCGGAAAUCCCGUCCAGCAACAGUCCUAUCAUCAUACCCCUUACAAAGUACUCGACGGUCCAGGUAGCGGUAAUUAUCUUCAUCCGAAUAGCGAAUAUGUUUCCUGGGCCGGAGAGAGUAACGGAAGCAUCGGCGCAGAGCGCCUGUCCCACAGCUUACCGGGCAGUCCUGCCGAUCGGAAGCCCAACUUCGAGGUCAUCGGGAGCGCGGAGAGCCUGGUUGGCCGGGUUCUCGUGGAACAAGGGUUAGGCAAGUACUGCGAUCCAGAGUUCGUGAGAUACACGUCGCGAGAAAUGCAGGAAGCGUUGGAUAUGACACGCGAAGAGAUGGAUCGCGCGGCCCAUCAGCUUCUCCUGCAAGAACGUCGCGGUCAACCGCUGUCCUAUCAGCUGCAACAGGUGGCGGACCAACAGUGGAUACCGGCCUAUCAGCCAGGCCAACAGCCGACAGGCAUCGGCUAUCAACCGCUGCAGGAGCAGCAGCCAUCCGGUCAGCGGCCAUAUCGAUCGUACUAUCACGGUGGCGGACAAGCGGCCGCGACCUCGGACCCAUCCACGCAACAGCAACAACCACCGCCGUCUUAGCGACGCGACGACCGCCCUGUAGAUCGUGUUCCUAGCUCGUUCACCUAGUCAAGCGAAAACAAGUUUCGUCCCAGGUAUCACGUAUCGUUUCGUCGAUGAAACGACGACGAAGGUCGAAUCCGAUCGCCACGAGCAGGGUUACGGCUAUAAGGUGGAGCGAAAAGAAACAGUGACCGACCUUAUCGGUCGACUCCGUUCGUCGUCCACGCGACGCCGCGAAUCUCUCCGAUUCGCUUCGUGGUUCUCGAUGCGAACGGGCAUUCGACGUUUCUUCCGUUGCACGAUUUCCGACGUGAAGCGUAACACACUAGUCAAGAGAGAGAGAUAGAGAGAGAUGCCACGGGUGGUUGUGAAAGAGAAAGAAAAGAGAAAAGGGAAAAAUAGAAAAAUAGAAAACGAGAAAAAAAAAAGCGUGACGAGAAGGCUUCCGACGCGGUCGAAAAAAGGAUCGGCCGACGCAAGCAAUAAAGCAACGAGAGCAACGACAGAUGGCGCGUGUAUCGGUGCUGGAGCGCCGAGAAAGCGGCGGGAAACGUUCGAAAGGUUGAAAACGAAACGGAGCCGUUAGAGGGCAAGGAACGUUUCUAUCGCGAAGCCACGAUUCCGACGGAAUUGAACAUUAGGAAUAUAGCGGAGAUAUCGAUCGCGCGCGAUCCUUUCGAUUCGUGCGAGCGGCCGGCGCAAUCGCACGUCACGUUUCAAGCCUUGUUCGUAUGCGACGACGAACGCGGAAAAGAUGAGAAACGAAGCGCGAAACGAAACGCGAACGAUUAAUCCUUAUUGCUCUCGUCUUAUCGUAAACACUUAUUCCUUCGAUUACCGUUGUUUAGGAUAUAAUUGAACUCAUUAUUGCUCUUCGUACGAUGGAUUACUAGAUGAGAUAACAAGUGCCUAAGUAUCUGUAACUUCUUUCGGACCAGAGAAGACUUUUAUCAACUUAGACAAAGUACUAUUACCGCGAAUUACGAAGCAAGUUGCGAGUGUGUAUGCUACGGUAUUCUAACGAUAUAUAUGUGUGUGUGUAUGCAUAUAUAUCGUUAUGUAUAUUACACAUACGCGUGCGCGCAUGACAGGUGCAGGCGCGCGUGCGCGCGCGCACACACGACAUACACACACAUACAC